UGCGCGCUGGGGAUGGGGAACCUUCAGAGGGGAUGAUUGAAGUGUAAUAUGCACUAACGCUGAAUCUCAGCAUCCCAUACACACACACACACACACGCACACACACACACUACUGGAGCUCCGCCACAGCCUGCAGCUGCAUUGACGGUAAACAGAGCAAGGUAGCGCAUGGGCAGCCGGCAGGGAAUUAUUCCACAUCGCAUCACAUCCCUGAGCAUACAUGGCGUCCACACACACCGAGCCAUGAAUCCAUCGUGCAUGCUGACGGAGUAGCCUCCAAUUCGACUGCCUUCCCCCCCACUUUUUUUUUUUUUUUUUUUUUUUUUUUUUUUUGGAAGUCUGCAGCCAUCAUUCGUUGCGUCGGUGUGCAGCGGCAGCAGCGGCGGCGGCAGCAUCAGCGGGGAUAGAUUCGGCGCACACUGCCACAGUAAAGGUACCAUCAUUUUGUGGCGACCAAGACGAUGGAUGUGGGCUCACCCCGAUCUAUUCCUGCAAAUACGGCGGACGGGCGCGAUUUUCUAUUCCAAACGCAUCCGCAUCUCCCGUAUGUUGCAAGGUGUCUUUGAGCAGGGUACGGACCUCUGGAGGGAAAUGAGAAGAAAGGUCUAUUUUGACUCACGCCUGUCGAGAUGGAGGCAUCAUUAAGAGGACCUGUACAGUCAAGAUCAAACACACCUCAUUAGAUCAUUACGGAUCAUUGUUAUUCAGCGCGAGAGGCGUCUCUUGAGCUGUGUGACCUGCAGCCGUUUUUUUUUUUUUUUUCCCUCGCCCAUGAGCGCUGAAUCGCAAAGAAGAUUUAUCCCACCAUCGACCCGAUGUAGAAACUGCUCCCUCGGAUUCCCACAACCUCUACUCUUGCUUGGAUUCCAGCGUUCAGUCAAAUCCACCAGGACGGAGUAUGCCAUCUACACCUUUCCACAGAAUCCUACGACCCCUUCUGCUCGGCACUUUCAUACUGGGAUGCUUCGUGACUCUGUUUUUGAUGUAUUUUAAACCAUCCACAAGCUGGCUGUCAGGUCCCGUAGAGUCCACGGUAUCCACAGACCGGGUCAAGAACCUCUUCUCCACCAAGAGCGAUAAAAACGUGACCACUGUCCUGAUCUGGCUCUGGCCCUUCGGACAAACCUACGACCUGGGCGUGUGCAGCUCUCUCUUCAACAUCGAGGGCUGCUUCAUCACAGCGGACAGGAAUCUCUACAACAAGUCAGAUGGGGUCGUCAUCCAUCACCGAGACAUCUGCACCGAUCUGUCCAACCUGCCACCGGUCCAGCGACCCUCCUUCCAGAAGUGGGUAUGGAUGAACUUGGAGUCUCCGUCGCACUCCUCCCAGCUGCCUGGGAUCGAGAACAUGUUCAAUCUGACUCUCAAUUACCGUCAGGAUGCUGACAUUGAAGUGCCUUAUGGGUCCAUCGUAGCAGCGGAGGGCGAGGAGGACUUUGUCCCACCUAGUAAGAACAAGCUGAUCUGCUGGAUUGUGAGCAACUGGAACCAGGACCACGUGCGGGUGAAAUACUACAAUGAGCUGUACAAACACAUUGAGGUUCACGCGUAUGGACAAGCCUUCGGAGAGUACAUCUCUGACCAAGACUACUUCCCCACCAUCGCCAGCUGUAAGUUCUACCUGGCUUUUGAGAACUCCAUCCACAAGGACUACAUUACUGAAAAACUGUACAACCCGCUCUCUGUGGGGACAGUGCCAGUGGUUCUAGGCCCUCCCAGGCAGAACUACGAGAACUUUAUCCAGGGAGACGCCUUCAUCCACGUGGACGACUUCACCUCGCCCAAGGAGCUGGCUGAUUACCUGCUGCUCUUGGACAAGAACGAGGAAAUGUACCUCAGGUACUUUGAGUGGCGGCGGCACUUUAAAGUAAAGAAGGCCUAUUUCUGGGCAGAGCACACAUGCCUGGCUUGUGAUUACCUGCGCAGGCACAAGGAGUACAAGGCAUUCAAUAACCUUGACAAGUGGUACUGGGGCGGAUAGUGCUCUGAAGGGCUAUGCUUGUUUUGCUGUUGAAGGCAGUGCUUUAAAAGUUUUGUCCUUCAUUUAACAUGAAGGUUCAUUACUGUUCUGUCCCGAGCUCCCGCAGGAUGUUCUUCAGUUGGUUAAGUGGCACAGUGAGACAUCCAUCUUGUUUUUUUUUAAAAUUUUAUUUGCAAGCCAAUUUCGCUAAGCCUUACUUUGCCUUUUGUCUGAUUCAUUUCUUAUUUAUUUUGUAUGACCUACAAAUGCACUACAUUUUCUUUUUAUUAUUUCAACCCAUGUUUUGCUUAACAUGCCCACAUUUGCUGCUAUUUUUUAUGUUUUUUUUGUUCUAUUAUUAGAGUGAAUGCUGGAUUGUGUGGAUGUUCCUGUGUAACAGAGAACAUUCAUGGUGCAAGGUUUGUUUGUUUUUCUCUUUUUCUUUGAAUAUCACCUUAUCAUGAAGUGGUACACGGUGGACAUCGGAAAUAGUGUUGGCUGCAGACAGAGACCGACACAGGAAGUGAAAAUAUUUAUGUAAUAUUUAUUCAAGUGAGGCAUUAUAUGAUAAAAAAAAACAAUCUCAUCUGUGCUAGUGAUGCAGUCACCUAUGCAGUGUUUACCGAACUCAAAUGUGAACGUAGUUCAAUUGUGUCAUGUACAUAUUGUGUAAUUUUGGAAUUAUGUAGCUGUCAUGUUUUUUUCCUCCAUAUUUUUGUAAGUUUGCAUUUGCACUGCUAAUCCAACGGUUACCUUAUCUUUACAUAUGUACAGUAAGACAGGCCGUCAUCAUAUGAGGUGGUUGUAGACGGCGUGUGGCGAUCAUUACCCGGGUGGUCUCCAGCAGCAGACGUGACUGUGCCCUGUGAGAGGGAGUUUCUAUUUUAGUCACAAAUUGUUCAUUAUCACAUGUGAUGUGUCGAAGUGCAGUCGGAAAUCCCGCGUUGAUGAUGACAGUACAGUACAGAGACACUGUACUGCAAUAUAAACUCCUGCAUUUUAAUUAUGUCGCAUUCUGAUUUGAUCUACGCAGAGUCUGUGAUUCUUGAUACAGUGAUGGGAAAGAGCACAAGAAGAAUAUUACCCAGUCUUUUGAAGGAGCUGUUUUGCUCUGUGUACUGCGCUGUCGUCCCACAGCGUGACCUAAAAUAUUUACACUGAUAUUUUUCAACUGUUUCACGCAGAUGUUACCAUAAUGGUGAAGUGCGUGUGGGAUGGAAGAUCCGCCCACAUGUUUUGGGACCUUUUGGGAGCGAUGUGAAAGAUGUGAAACGUUGAGGAUUAUUUGUGUCUUUGAAUCGCCACGCCGCGGUGUUGUUUUGGAGAGGUUUUGCAUGUGAAAAAUAUUUCUCUGGAUUUUGUUUUUUUGUUUUUUGUUUACACUUGUUUACAGCCAACCCGACACCACUUGAGAUCACACUACGGAAAAAAAAAAAAGAGACAGCUCGGCAUCUGUAAAUAUCACAUCGAUUUUAAAUGUUAAUCCAUGAACAAUGCAUCUCAACAGCGCUCAGCAGCUAUUGACAUGACGGUCAAGUUUUUACAGAACGUACUGUGCAAAACCAUGUCAACAUUUUAUGCAAGAUAAGCCGGUGUCUUCUUGGUCAAGGUACUCGAAACAUGUUUCAGGUUCAGGUUUCAUUUUGAUAUUUUCUUCACUUUCAAAAGGGACCAUUGAUGUAAAUUAGGAUGAAUUUAAUUAUUUUUCUUAUGGAAUAUGGUUCCAGAUGCCAUAGUGAAACCUGUAUAUAAACCUUGUAGUGAACUGAAUCGUCAUCAGGAUCAAACCAGCCCACUAACACUGAUCAUUCCUGUAUGUGCACCAGACUGAAGGGAGCGCCGAUAGUGCUUGCAUUCAUGGAGAAAAGAAACAAUGUGCUGUAUAUAUUUUUAAUGCUGAAAUCUCUUUAUAAUGUGCAAGUGUUGUCAGGCGGAUGGACGUGGUUGUGCUGCACCUUUUGCGUGCGAAUCCAGGCGAAAGGAGAGAGAGAGAGAGAGAGACUUAGAAAAGGAUAACGUCGGGGACAGUGGUUUUGGUGUUGUGGGGUGGACGUUUUCAGCAAGGGAGGCAAUUUUACACUGAAGUUUUUCUUUUUCGCCUUUGUUUUGAUUAGUCGGUAAUCCUGUUGGCAUGACCUAAUUGAAAAGGUCUUGCCAAAAACGCAGCAGAGAUCUAGCACUUUUAUUCAUGUGGAGUUGUGUGACUCACUGUGCUGUCUUAGAUUGGAGCUAUUGUGAGUUCAGAAAAACUGUCAUCCAAGACCUCGGCAGGCCCACAGUUUUUACUAUGAAACUGCCACUCAUGGUUUUCAUAUUGUACAGUCCAAUCUCAUGUAUGAAAACAAAGGUUUCUUGUCCAAUGUGGUUGGUGACUUUAAGGAACAAAAGAUCUUUCUUUUCUUUCUUUUCUUUUUUUUGAGUGUGUCAUUUGUCUCUUUCAUCCUCUCUUCCUUUCUCUCUUUUUUUUUGCACAAAAAACAAAUAAUGAGGAACUGUGGCUUUCUUUGCCCCUGUUGUCUGAGUCUGUGAGUGUGUCACAGCACCAGGAAAAAAAGUGAAUCAGGAUGUCUCUGGAUACUGUCUGACCUGGCACUGAUUUUUGCUUGAGUCCUUAAAAAAACAAAAAAACACUGCAUACCAAGUGAGAUGAAAUCUUUGUGUGUGGUUGGAUGUGGAGGCCUCACCAGACACACUCCUUUUCCUGCCAGUUCACUGACAUAAUCGGUGAGUUGAUCUAUACAAGUUUUUUGCCAAAUCAUUGUAUUUUGCCAAAUGUUGUGUUUUAACUGUAGAUGUCUGAUAGUGUCAAAGAAAAAUAAAGAUAUGGGCAAAUGAGCAAACGUGA